ACCGACGAGGGCAUUGGGUCCCUCAAGGAGACGCCGUCCUCCGCUCCCGAUCGCCACCUCGGGCUGGGCCCGCGCGCUCCCUCGGGGCUGCCGUCUUCCGGUCCUGCGGGCGGAAGCGUCGCCGCGUCCAAUCCGGUCCCCGCCCGGGCUCGCACCGGGGGCCGCCGGGCGGCUCGCAGCCGCCUGUCACCGCGGAGGGGCGGCGCGUGCGUGCUGCGGGGCGCACUCUGACCCGGAGACGACCUCUCUCCCCGCUGCCUCCCCGGCUGUGAAGAUGGCGCUGUCCAGGGUGUGCUGGUCUCGGGCUGCUCUGUGGGGUUCGGCUGUCGCCCCUGGACCCUUGGUCACCCGGAGGCUGCAGCUGGGCCGCUCUGGCCCUGCGUGGCGAGCCCCUCGGUCUUCAAAGCUUCACCUUUCUCCAAAGGCGGACGUGAAGAACCUGAUUUCUUACGUGGUGACCAAAACGAGAGCGAUUAACGGAAAGUACCAUCGUUUCUUGGGGCGUCAUUUUCCCCGCUUCUAUGCCUUAUACACAACCUUCAUGAAAGGAAUACAGAUGUUAUGGGCUGAUGCCAAAAAGGCUAGAAGAAUAAAGGCAGACAUGUGGAAACAAAAUCUAAAGUUUCAUCAACUCUCUUACCGGGAGAUGGAGCAUUUGAGACAGUUCCGACGAGAUAUCACCAAGUGUCUCUUCAUCGGCCUCAUCUCCAUUCCACCCUUUGCCAACUACCUGGUCUUCUUGCUAAUGUACCUGUAUCCUAGGCAACUGCUUGUCAAGCAUUUCUGGACCCCCAAACAACAAAUUGAAUUCUUGGACAUUUAUAAUCGUCUCCGGAGGCGGUCCCACUCGGAGAUCAUCACACAUCUAAGAAGGGCCAGCGCUUUUGUUCCUCAUGAGAAGCUCCGGUGGCAUCUGACAGACGUGUGCACCAAGGUGCAGAAUGGCACCCACCCAACAGCACAGGACAUCCUGGCUCUCCGAGACUGCUUCUCCACCCAUCCCUUGGGCUUCAGCCAGCUCCAGGCCUCUCACAUGAGAGCCCUGAGCCAGGCCAUGCUGCUCACACCUUACCUGCCUUCGCCCUUGCUGAGGUGGCGUCUCAGGAGUCACACCGCUGUGCUUCACCAGCUGGACAGGGCUCUGGCCAAGCUGGGGAUUGGCCAGCUGACUGCACAGGAAGUGAGAUCGGCUUGCUAUCUUCGUGGCUUGAACUCUACCCACAUCGCUGAUGACAGGUGUCGAACCUGGCUGGGGGAAUGGCUGCACAUCUCCUGCAGUCUGAAAGAACCCGAGCUGUCCCUCUUGCUGCACAACGUGGUCCUGCUCUCCACCAACUACCUUGAGACAAGGCGCUGAAUGAACCUCGGAAAGGAUGACAUUUUCCUGCAGUCGCCUAGUGUAGUGGUGUGGGACCAAGGAGCACUUGCCAGCUGUCUGUGUGCACCACUCGUAUGGGAGGCAGAGGAGCAGGUUCCAUGGGCUUUGGAGCACGCUACCCAUCUGGGAGCUAUAGACAUUCCUUCACAGCUUGAACCUAACAAACCCAUGGUGUGCUGCCAUGCCCUUACGCUAACCUGGAACUAGCAAGCAUCUCUGUUACUAGACUUUUAUUGUGAUGUCAUACUUAGGUCCUAUAAAGUCAGCAUUCGUACAGGUGGGAAUCAUGUGGCCUAAAAUUCACAACUGCCAUGGUUUUGUUUUUAAGGUUUUUUUAUUUUUUUAUUUUUAUUUAUUUAUUUUUUUUUUUUUUUUGAGGUGAGUCUAUGUUGCCCAGGCUCAAAUUCCCAUGCUCAAGGGCUCCUCCCACCCCAGGCUCAGGUGCUGGGGCUGCAAGUCCAUAUCGCACUGGCCUCGCUGCCAUGUUCUCUACACUGAGCGUUGUUUACCUGAGACCCCGUGUCUCAUGUAGCUGAGGAUGACCUUGAAAUCUGGUCUUCCUACGUCCACCUCUCAGGUGCUGGGACACAGGCACAGAGCUCCACAAAGCUCUGGGGCAUUGGGGCGUUGUCUUGGGAAACUAGGUGAGUGCUCCUCACUGAGUCUUUUGCAUGAGAGAUCUCUGGUGCCAAGAACAAUGCAGCUUACCCUGGAGGGAGGGCACCCAUGCCUGGCCCUCCAUCAACGCUGGGGCAAGGGUUUCUCUUACACCCCCUCCCUUUCCUUUUUUUGGCCUUUUUGAGAGUCUUGCUGUAUAACCCAGGCUGGCCUUCGAUUCCUAGCAAUCCCAACAGACAAAUUCUGCCACAGCCUCCUGGGGACUAAGAACAUAAGGCUGAGCCACACCCAUCCUUUCUAGUGAGACCAAAAGUAGGGAUGUUCUUGUCACUAACACAGACUAACUUCCACCCCUCCUUCAGUAUUCUCUGGACACUUUUUUUUUUUAAGUAAUUUAUGGGAACAUUCUAAAGGAGAAGGUGAGAAGAAUGGCUGCUUGGCCCUCCCUAUGUUUGUCCCCAGUGUCUUACUUUCCAGGCUGUCACACAGCCCCUAAGGACCUUACAUGUUUGCUACCUCCACUGAGCUACACUAAGCCAUCUGUAACCAGCAGUGGCUGCCUUCUCUAGGCUGUGGGUCAAAACGCACACGGUACUAAUUACUGCCCGGCCCUAGGAGACCGGAUUUGCAUCGAGAUAGUAAGUUGGGCUUAACUGUUGUGUGUAUUAUCUAUGCCCUGUCAUUUGUAAUAACUUACUGUAAAUGCAUGAAGCACCGUUUUUAAACCAAGUAAAGACUGCCUGAAACCUGUUUUUGGGAA